AUGUCCCCGGAUGGAUUGCCUGACAUCAACAAAUUACUGACAUUUUACCAAAAUUCACAAUUCCCAACAUCUUUAACGCAUGGGGAUCUGAACAGCCCAAAUAUUCUUGUUGACGGGGAUAAAAUUGUGGGAAUUGUGGACUGGGACACUUGUGGCUGGUAUCCAGAAUAUUGGGAGUACACGACGGCUUGGAAUGUCAACCCUUAUAAUGUGUUUUGGAGAGACGAAGUUGGUAAAUUUCUUGAAGAAUACCCGGAGGCACUGAGGAUGGAGGAGAUACGUCUUAAAUAUUUCGGAGAUAUCUAG